CAAAAACAAUUGCCGACCUACAUUAUUAUUGGUAAUAUUUUCCUUCAAUGUCCCUCCAAAAUACUUCCUAUAUAUAUCAUCCUUUUUAUUUUCCAUAAACAAAAAUCAAUAUAUAUUUUUUUCUAGUAUAAAUUAUAUAGCAUCUCAUAAAUUUUGUCAUCAAAUUGUUCUCUUGUUUUUUUUUUUUCAUAUUAUUUUUACGUGCCCACAUUGCCUUUUCUUCACACAUUUAAUUUUUUUCCUAAUAACACAAAGAAUGAUGAAUGCUCAAGUUUCUCUUGCCUUCUUUUUCUUAUGUUUCAUCAUUCUAAUUUCAGGUGACAUAUUUUUAACUUCUUCUAUGUAAAAUUUGAUGGUAUAUUGAAUUCAGAAUCCAUAUUUUUUUUUAAUAAUAAUUACGAUGAGUUCAAUGCUAAAAAAAGUUAAAUCGAUCAAGUUUAUAUCCUAGGUGUCUCUAUGUUUGGAUUUGACUAUUCAGAGUAGAGCAAAUACAUAAUAUAAUAAUCCCAAGUCAAUGUAUAAUAAUAAUGGGAUUAACCGUUAAAAAAUACUUCUAGAUAUUUUAGUGAAUUUUUAUAUAUAGAGAGAGAAAGAGAGACAGAGUCGGGAUAUAAAGAUUCAUACUAGAUUUUAAAUAAGUUAUUUUUAGAUAAAUACAAAGUUUGGACCAAAAUUAUUAGAUUCCGUUUACAUUGGUCCAAACAAAAGUUAUUUGGCAACGUAUAUGGUCGAUGUCAAUUAAUUUAAGAUUGAGAUGUAGUUGAUUGAUUGACUAAUAUUUUUCAUUUUUUUUUUAAUAAAUGAAACAGGAGCCUUAUCAGCAACAUUUACACUAGUAAAUCAGUGCAAUUAUCAAGUAUGGCCUGGUAUUUUAUCAGGUGCAGGCACAGCUCAACUUUCUCCAACAGGAUUCAUGUUAGACCCCAGCCAGUCCGUCUCGGUUUCCGCGCCAACGGGCUGGUCGGGUCGUUUAUGGGGUCGGACUUUCUGUUCCCAAGAUUCAUCCACAGGCAAAUUCACCUGUGCAUCAGGUGAUUGCGGCUCCGGAACAGUGGAAUGUUCCGGAGCUGGAGCUGCUCCACCAGCUACUCUGGCGGAGUUCACCUUGAACGGUGCUGGAGGGCUUGAUUUCUACGAUGUUAGCCUUGUGGACGGUUAUAACUUACCAAUGCUUAUAACUCCAAAAGGCGGAGCUGGAAACUGUUCAACAACCGGUUGUGGUGUUGAUCUUAAUGGGUCAUGCCCGAAUGAGCUGAAGAAAAUGAUGAAUAGCUUAAGUAGUGAGUGUGUGGGAUGUAAAAGCGCUUGUGAGGCGUUUGGUGAUCCAAAAUAUUGUUGUAGUGGAUCAUACGCCACGCCUGAUACAUGCAAGCCAACGGAUUACUCAUUGUUCUUCAAGAGGGCAUGUCCGCGAUCUUAUAGCUAUGCUUAUGAUGAUGGCUCCAGUACUUUCACUUGUGGUGGUUCUGCAGAUUAUGUUAUCACCUUUUGCCCUCUUCCUUCUGAUAGCCCUAAAUCACCUGGAGGAGGUGCUGGCGAUGGAUCGUCGCCCAUGAGCCGCGGUGUAUUAACCAAUAGUCCAUCACCAUUGUUGACAAGCUUGAUAAUCAAUAUUUUAGUUGCAGUUUGGGAUAUGAUGCAGUUGCAUCGAUCUUGUACUGACAAGGGCGUAUCUAACAUAUAAAUUUGAUUUGUUUUAGAAAUUAUAGGUCCAACUUAUAUAGUACUACUAGUUUUGAAUUUUAAUACACACAUUUGAUUUAAUUAUAUAUAUUUUUUUAGUAUCAAUGUUAUAAUCUAGAAUGCACUAGAAUUGAAUAAAAAACUUUUCAAUCAUAGCAGACUUCA